AUGGAAGGAUUUGAUAAAAAAGCUACCCCUGGACGUGAGAUCGGUUGGAAGUACACAAACGCGUGGCUAGUGGGCAACCUGUCCUGCAAGCUGCUGUUGGUUGUGAGAGCCUUCGGUCUCUAUCUCUCCUCCAACAUACUAGUCUGCAUAUCAAUUGACAGGUUCUUCGCGGUACUGUACCCGCUGCGUGUGCCGGCAGCGCGGCGCAGGAGUCAGCAGAUGCUGUACUGUGCUUGGGCAGCAGCACUCGCCUGCAGUUUGCCACAGGUCAGACUAUCAUUACAUUAUAGCAUCCAACAACACAUCAAACUACAUAACCCGAUAUUGUUUAAAGUGAAGCGUCAUCCCCGCGUCGCUGGCUUCGAGCAGUGCGUGUCGUUCGAUGCGUUCAGCAACGAGAGACAGGAGGUGGCGUACACUGUGUUCUGCCUGUGUGCCAUGUACUUCGUGCCUCUGGUCGUCAUCACCGUGUGUUACGUGUGCAUCUUCUGCGAGAUCAGACGGAGCAGCAAGGAACUCGUUGAGAAGUGUAUAGAGCAUGGCAUAGCUCACGUGCGCCUGCGGCGGUCGGGGCGGCGCGUGUUGCAGCGCGCGCGCAGGCGGACGCUGCGCAUGACCGUCACCAUAGUGAGCGUGUUUGCGCUCUGCUGGCUGCCGUACAUGAUAGACCGUCCAUCAGCGGCGCGCGUAUCAGUACGUGUUCAAGACUUACUGUUCGCGAUGGCGGUGUCCAACUCGUGCAUGAACCCCCUCGUGUACGGCUCGUACACGCUACACGUGCGCGCGCCGCUCAAGCGACUGUGGCGACGCGCCUGCUGCCGCUCCAGUGCCGCCUCUGAUACCAUUGGUAGCUAA